CCAUAAAGGGGGGGGGAAAGGCGUUUUGUUUUUGUUUUUUUGUCUUGUCGUCGACGCAGUGGUCGUGCUCGGUCCACCGGGAGCAGACUGACAGUUGGUAACAUCCAGUCCGGGCUGCGCGGUGGAUGCAUUUGACACGGACUGACCGCAGAAGGUCUCCGUCAGCAGCAUGGGGCAGCAUCUAGGAAAGCGAGAGUCCCCCGCAGACAGCAAGGCUUCGACACCCGAACCCGAGGCAGCGGUAGUAACCACGGCGCUGACGAAUGCAACGGAGCCUGAAGUGCAGGACGAAGUUUUCGGCCUGGGUGAGGCAGAUGCGAACCAGAACAAUGGCUGCGUCUCGGAGAAGCCGGCGGUGACUGACUCCACGGGCGCUGAGGGCCCCCGCCAGCCCUGGACCCCCGCCAGCACAGCUGACCCUGACGCCGCCGCGCCACGCCCCCACCUGGCCCGCCUCUUCUCCCGAGAUGCCCCGGGCCGAGAGGACAACACCUUCAAAGACCGACCCUCCGAAUCGGACGAGCUGCAGACCAUCCAGGAGCACAGCGGAGCGGCUUCAGAGUGCGGGUCGGAGAGCCCCGAGCAGGACCUAGAUUAGGCUAGCUUUUUUUUUUUCCUCCCUUCUCCUCUCUUUUGCCUCUUUUCCUCCUCUUUCUUUUUUGUUCUUUUUUUCGCCCUCUCAUUUAAGAGAGAGA